GUGGCUUAUGAGGAUGUCCAUGUGAACUUUACUGGGGAAGAGUGGAAUUUGCUGGAUCCUGCCCAGAAGAAUCUCUACAAAGAUGUGAUGCUGGAGACCUACCAGAACCUCACUGCUAUAGGUUACAGUUGGGAAGAUCAUCAUAUUGAAGAACAACAUCAAAAUUCUAGAAGGCAUGAAAGGCAUGAAAGAAGUCUUACUGGAGAGAAACCACAUGAAUGUAAUCAAUGUGGUAAAGCCUUUUCACGUCACAGUCAUCUCCAAAGACAUAAAAGAACACAUACUGGAGAGAAACCUUAUGAAUGUAAUCAAUGUGGUAAAGCCUUUUCACGUCACAGUCAUCUCCAAAGUCAUAAAAGAACACACACUGGAGAGAAACCAUAUGAAUGUAAUCAGUGUGAUAAAGCCUUUUCAGAUCACAGUGGUCUCCAAAGACAUAAAAGAACACAUACUGGAGAGAAACCUUAUGAAUGUAAUCAGUGUGGUAAAGCCUUUUCACGUCACAGUACUCUCCAAUAUCAUAUAAGAACACAUAGUGGAGAGAAACCUUAUGAAUGUAAUCAAUGUGGUAAAGCAUUUUCAUGUCACAGUGGUCUCCAAUAUCAUAAAAGAACACAUACUGGAGAGAAACCACAUGAAUGUAAUCAGUGUGGUAAAGCCUUUUCAUGUCACAGUACUCUCCAAUAUCAUAAAAGAACACAUAGUGGAGAGAAACCUUAUGAAUGUAAUCAAUGUGGUAAAGCCUUUUCAAGUCACAGUACUCUCCAAUAUCAUAAAAGAACACAUACUGGAGAGAAACCUUAUGAAUGUAAUCAAUGUGGUAAAGCCUUUUCACGUCACAGUCAUCUCCAAUAUCAUAAAAGAACACACACUGGAGAGAAACCUUAUGAAUGUAAUCAGUGUGGUAAAGCAUUUUCAUGUCACAGUAGUCUCCAAUAUCAUAAAAGAACACAUACUGGAGAGAAACCUUUUGAAUGCAAUCAAUGUGCUAAAGCCUUUUCAAGUCACAGUACUCUCCAAUAUCAUAAAAGAACACAUACUGGAGAGAAACCUUAUGAAUGUAAUCAAUGUGGUAAAGCCUUUUCACAUCACAGUCAUCUCCAAUAUCAUAAAAGAACACACACUGGAGAGAAACCUUAUGAAUGUAAUCAGUGUGGUAAAGCAUUUUCAUGUCACAGUAGUCUCCAAUAUCAUAAAAGAACACAUACUGGAGAGAAACCUUUUGAAUGCAAUCAAUGUGCUAAAGCCUUUUCAAGUCACAGUAAUCUCCAAAUACAUAAAAGAAUACAUACUGGAGAGAAACCUUAUGAAUGUAAUCAAUGUGGUAAAGUCUUUGCCAGGCCCAGUUAUCUCCAAACACAGAAAAGGACACAUACUGAAGAGAAACCUUAUCAAUGUAAUCAGUGUGAUAAAGACUUUUCACAUCCGAGUGGUCUCCAGUGUCAUAAUAGAACACAUCCUGGAGAGAAAAAACCACAUGAAUGUAACCAAAGUGGUAAAACAUUUUCAAGUCACAAUCAUCUCCAAAGACAUAAAAUAACACAUACUGGAGAGAAACCUUAUGAAUGCAAUCAAUGUGGUAAAACCUUUUCAUUUCACAUUUGUCUCCAAAUCCAUGAAAGAACACAUACUGGAGAGAAACCUUAUGAAUGUAAUCAAUGUGGUAAAGGCUUUACACAACAAAGUUCCCUCCAAAUCCAUAAAAGAACACAUACUGGAGAGAAACCUUAUGAAUGUAAUCAAUGUGGUAAAGCCUUUUCAGAUCACAGUAAUCUCCAAAGACAUAAAAGAACACAUACUGGAGAGAAACCUUAUGAAUGUAAUCAAUGUGGUAAAACCUUUUCAUUUCACAUUUGUCUCCAAAUCCAUGAAAGAACACAUACUGGAGAGAAACCUUAUGAAUGUAAUCAAUGUGGUAAAGGCUUUACACAACAAAGUUCCCUCCAAAUCCAUAAAAGAACACAUACUGGAGAGAAACCUUAUGAAUGUAAUCAAUGUGGUAAAGCCUUUUCAGAUCACAGUAAUCUCCAAAGACAUAAAAGAACACAUACUGGAGAGAAACCUUAUGAAUGCAAUCAAUGUGGCAAUAUCGAGUCAUCUCUAAUAUCAUAA